CCCAGCACAGGGUUCCCAGGAAGAGUCGCCAUGGAGCUGGGGCUUGCGGGCCGUCGGGCGCUGGUCACCGGCGCUGGCAAAGGCAUCGGACGCAGCUUGGUCCAGGCGCUGCAUGCGGCGGGGGUACGGGUGGUGGCUGUGAGCCGGACCCAGGCCGACCUGGAUAGCCUUGUCCGCGAGUGUCCUGGAGUGGAGCCCUUGUGUGUGGACCUGGCAGACUGGGAGGCCACUGAGCACGCCCUGGGCAGCGUGGGCCCCGUGGACCUGCUGGUGAACAAUGCUGGCGUGGCACUGUUGCAGCCCUUCCUGGAGGUCACCAAGGAGGCCUUUGACACGUCCUUUGAUGUGAACCUGAGGGCUGUCAUCCAGGUGUCCCAGAUGGUGGCCAGGGGCCUGAUUGCACGGGGAGCCCCCGGGGCCAUUGUGAAUGUCUCCAGUCAGGCCUCCCAGCGUGCACUUACCAAUCACACUGUCUACUGCUCUACCAAGGGUGCUCUGGACAUGUUGACCAAGGUGAUGGCCUUAGAGCUCGGGCCCUACCAGAUCCGAGUGAAUGCAGUCAACCCCACAGUGGUGAUGACACCCAUGGGCCAGGCCAACUGGAAUGACCCCCACAAGGCCAAAGUCAUGCUGGACCGCAUCCCACUUGGCAAGUUUGCAGCCCCUUGUCUGUGCCCGACAUGCCCCCCCUGCCCACAGAGGUGGAGAAUGUGGUGGACACCAUCCUUUUCCUGCUGAGUGAUCGAAGCAGCAUGACCACAGGCUCCACUGUGCCAGUGGACGGGGGCUUCUUAGCUACCUGAGCCCGCCCACCUCAGCCCCAUACUUAGCCUUCCCCUGCCCUCCAAUAAACCUCAUUCUUCAGCUCCCUGUGUGCCGAUUCUGAGGGAGGCCCAGGCCCAGCAGAUUCACCAGCCAGACCAGGUGGUGGCCUGGCUCUCACACCUGAGACUCAGGCCCGACUGGCCUUCUGGCAGGAGCUGGGGGGUGAAGUCUUCAUGAAGGCUGGCUCCUACAGUGGUGGCCUGUGGCAGGGAGCUGUGUGGCAGGGAGCUGCAGCCACCUGACUGUGGGCCUCCCUUGGAGUUAACGAGGGAGAGGCACGUCAAAUUCACUCAUGCACUGGUGCCCGAGCGACCUGGUUGAUUUGACAACUGUCCCCCCAUACUGGAACACCCCACAGCUUUUGUGCUCCAGCUGUGGGCUUGCCCAUUUCUGUGGUGUAAAGACCCUAU